AUGAUCGACGUCCAGCCACGCCCCCAACUACGCCCCGUCCACUCCUCUCGAUGCCACGCCCACCCCCACUACGCCCCGCCCACUUCUCUCGAGGGCCCCGCGAGUUUCCCGCGCUCGGAACGCGCCAUGGCGACGAUGGCCACCCCGGCAAAGAAGCAGCAGCAGAAGCAGCAGCAGCAACAACAACAACAGCAACAAGAUCACGAGGACAAUCAACAGCAGCAGCAGCAGAAAACCGAGAUGAAAUCUCUACUGAGCCCAACUCGGGUGACGCGGCUGCAGGAGAAGGAGAGCUUGGUGGAGCUGAACGACAGGCUGGCCGCCUACAUCGAGCGCGUCCGCAGCCUGGAGGUGGACAAGGCGCGGCUGCUCGCCCGCGUCUCCAUGUGGGAGGAGGAGGAGGAAGAGCAGCGCCAGCAGAGCGAGCGGCAGCAGGAGGCGACGGGGGGACUCCGUGCCGCCUACGACGCCGAGUUGGCGGAGGCGAGGCGCGCCCUGGACGACGCCUUGCGAGCCAGGGCGGCCCUCGAGAUCCAGCUGCGCCAGGCGCAGGUCGAGAGGGACGAGAGCCACAGCAGGUGCAGCAAGUAUGAACAAGAAUGGAAUGUUGCCCUAGGCCGUAUUCGGGACAUGGAAGUACAACUCUGUGCAAAGGAAGCUUCUUUGAGUACAGCAUCAGGGGAUAAGGAAUAUUUACAAACAGAGGUUGAUGAUCUUAGAAAUCAGUUAAACAAGCUGGAGGGUGUACUAGUGUCAUCCAAGCAACAGUUGGAGGAGGAGACCUUGGCUCGUGUGGAUUUGGAGAACCGCAUGCUGACUCUUCAAGAGGAGCUGGAAUUUACAAAACGCAUUCAUGAACAGGAGAUUCAUGAGUCACGCAGCAAGAGAGAGACCCAUGUGUUGGAGAUUGAUGGCGGUCAACAGCAGGAGUUUGAGUAUAAGCUGUCAGAGGCGCUCACUGAGCUUAGGCAGCAACAUGAAGAGCAGGUACAACUGUACCGUCAGGAACUGGACCAAACCAUGCGUGCCAAGUUGGAGAAAUCCAUUUUGACUCCUGAAAAACAAAGCCUGGAUGUCAGUAUUCGCGAAGAUCUUCGAGAGGCGACCAGCCGCGUUGGCACACUGUCUUCACAACUCUCUGCAGCCCAGCACGAUUUGGCAUUGCUGCAAGGCCGUGUGCGGGAGCUUGAGGAGACGCUGAGCCACGAGCGCGACCAGAGCAAACGUCGUCUGGAUGAGAGUGACCGUGAGUUGGCAGAGCUCCGGGAGUCCAUGGAUGAGCAGCUCAUCGAGUAUGAGCAGCUGCUUGACAUCAAGCUGGCCCUGGACAUGGAGAUUGCUGCCUAUCGCAAGCUUCUGGAGGGAGAGGAGUCCAGGUUGAAUCUAUCUCCUGGAAAGGGGGUCCAGAGCUCGGUGGUGCAGACGUCGACAUCUUCCAGCCAUAGCAUACGAACCAUGCCAGGGAAGAGAAAGCGAGUGCAGCUGGAGAGCUUCGUGGAUUCGAUGGCGCAAAGCCAACGAAGCGUGUCACAGCAUGCUUCGGCAAGCGGCAGCAUCGGCAUCAAAGAGGUCGACAUGGAGGGGAAGUCUGUGACGAUGGUUAACAACUCUGAAAAGGAUCAACCACUCGGAGGCUGGGUGCUGAAGAGGCAAAUUGAAGAUCAAGCUGAGAUUGCUUAUAAGUUUUCUUCUCGUUAUGUUCUUAAAGCAGGACAAACUGUGACGAUUUGGGCAGCCAAUGCUGGGGUAUCGCACAACCCACCAUCAGACCUACUUUGGAAAACGCAAAGCUCUUGGGGUACCGGAGACGACAUUCGAACCUCACUUCUUAACUCUGAUGGAGAGGAAGUUGCUGUGCGGAAUGUGGUGCGAUCUAGUAAAGUGGCAGAUAAACCCGAUGAGGAAGUGAUGCAGUACACAAGAGAAGAGCCUCUUCAAUAUCAGGUUGAAAGCACAUCCUCGAAAAGGUGUAUAAUCAUGUGAUAUGGUCUUCAGAGGUGUUAGUUAAAAAGCUGACCUCCAAUAUACACUGCCUUUGAAUUGUCUUUAAGGUCAAUUUUUUUACUUAUCGCAUAUGUUGCUUUGCUUUUAAGUUUUCUAAAGCCAUUAUUUGUAAACACUACCAAAGGUGAGAAAAGUACACUCAACAUUACACUUAAUGUGGGUGCACAUUUUAUUACAGCACAGCAAUGUUUUGAAUGAUACAAAUUUUUGUUAUAGAUUUUUUUUUGCACAAAUAAUAACAUGAAUUGGAGUUUACAUGACACUGGCAACACCACUUGGAGUGUUUGAUUUUACUCAUGCAACAGAAGUAAAUCUGUUGGGUUUUUUACGUGUUAAUGGUCCCCUCUUUAAACAAGUGUUUAAAGCAGGCUGAGCCCAAUUUUUACUGGACAUUUUGCAUGUGAUUUGUACAAGGAAUUUCUUCAAAUACCUUAGUUUUUUUUGUUUAAAAAGAAUGGACCACUAUAUGCCAUUGCCACUGAUGAAUUAAUGGGCAAUGUUUUUGACACUGAUAGCUCUUAGUGUUCAAACACACUUUCACAAAUGUGCCACCUUUUAAUGAAAAUGUAUUUCAAAGGUUUGGAGCUUGAUUACAAAGUGAUUACCAUACAGAUGUCUUUCCUUCCUCGAUGAUACACAUUAAGGGAGGAAUGGCUUUUAAGACUUGCUGUUACUAUUGAGUGAAGGGAAUGGGAAGGUUCAAAACGUGCAUUUUUUUACCAGUCUUCGCUAAUUAUAAAACACAUUGCAUAUCUCUACAUUGAGGAAAUGGCAAUGUCGGAGGGGCAUCUGGCUGUACACAACUACUGAGCCAUCACCAACCACAGCUGAACAACCCUACUGGAGUUGCCUUGAGCACAAGUUUAGAUCUGGUGCUUUGUAAAAAAAAAAGGUUGCUAUAUUCCUUUUUAGGUAUUGAGAAUGUGUUUCAAGCAUACCAAUGUGUAUGGUUUUGUACUUUUGGAAAAGGUUCUAAAACUAAGGGUGUUUUAAGCUUGGUGUUUUCUGGAAUAUUUUUCUUGCAGUAUUUUAAUGGCUUUAUUUUUUUAAGGUAAAAAUAAGCAUGUAUCAAUGGUCUGUGGUUAGUUGAUUCAUAAAGAAUGCAUGCCAAAGGGAGCAAGAAAGUAUUGGGUGGACUUUGAGGGUUUUGUCAACUUUUCUAAAGCAUGUUUCUAAUAAACAUUUUUUGUAAUGGAA